UGUGCGUGGCGACGGGAGUUUCGGCGGAAGAGGUUGCUGAGGCCUUUUUCCUGGCCGUGAAGCCGAAAGAGAAUCGCAACUUGAGGGGUGCGAAGGAGUUCCACUGGGUGACGAAGGAUCACGCGCUUGUACAAGGUGGAAAGGCUGCACCUACUGGUGGAGGUACCAUCAUGGAUGCAGGCUUCCUCGAAUUGUCGGCGGAGGCGUCGACCCCGGCGGCCACAGUCUGUGCAACGUGCUCUCUACAAUCGGCUGCAAAGGUGGAUGGGGCUGCCAAUACCGUUCAGUCGAACACGGAUCAGAACCUUGAGGUCACGCACAUCAAUGGUCUCACGGGGAAUGCGGCUAGGCGCGACACGAUGGGGCCCAUGCCUGCCUCCGAAGCGCCCAAGGUGGAACUGAACGAUGAGGGGACACGUGACAAGGCGAUCUCGUUACAGAUGCUGCUUACUGCAUACCUUGAAGAUGAUGCCGCUUCCGUCAACAAUGACGCAUGCCCAAUAAACAGAAAAUCGAAUGUGCUGGACAACUGGCUGGCACGGGUGCUCUACGCUGGCGAUUGGAAACAAGAACCGGACGGCACUCGGUCUUUUUCGAAAGAGACCAACACUGACGGCUCCGUGAAGCUCUCGGCCUUCGGGGAAUGUAUCGAAAAAGCUAGGCUCGAACAGUACACGAACCUUGAAAGCAGGGCUCGCUCUGGCGAUGUUUCAGCCGGUGUCAGUCGGUACUAUCUGGCUCGUUUUUUAUUCGUUUUUUUAUUCGUCUUACCACUCAAAGUCAUGUAUCCUUAAUGUUGGCAUAAAGUGUUGCAACUCGGUUUAGGUUUGCCUUACUUUUUUCCCCACCACUUUCUAUUUCCAGACCACUCGAGCGCGGCGAGGAAUUGCUGAAAAAGUUGACCAUCAUGGUGGCCAAUGACAUGAGCGGCGGCGGAACAAUUGCGCAGUGCGUGGCCUCCAAGCGCCUCGAGGAUAAGGUAUAGCUACUAUAGUAGAAAGGAUGACAGAAUGGUGGCCAUAGAGUAGUCUACUACUAGAGAGGGCUUGUCAGCGCAUUCAAAUCUGUAAAAAGGCCGCACCUGUGUAAUUUUCGAGCAUGAUAAAUGAUUUGGUUUCGUUCAGGUUUUUUGGGGUGAGUUCCGUAACCAGCUUCGGGAUUUCAGAAUUAUAAACCCCGUGACGCUCAUGGGUAGGAACACUAACGACCCCUUUGGCUUCAUCCAAAGAUACUGCGCCGAUGACCAGCGGAGCCAAUUCUUGCACCGAAACAUGUCAGUAUUGUGGCAAAUCCUGGACCUGCAGCGGGAGCUUCGCACAGCGAAAGGUGUUCUAAACAGUCGCUUCGCUGGAUCGUUUCCUGACGAGGCCAAAGUGGAUUUGUCAAAGGAAUCCAUUACGAAUCUGUUCAUUGACAAGGAAGUGCUCAAGCAUCUGGUCGAAGAGCUUGAGAAGAUGAAGGUCCCGCUGGCUGAAGGGACGGGCUCCUCUUAG